CAAUCAGUUUGUUUUGAAAUUUCGCCGUGAAACGUUCGCAUUCAGAGCGUUCUCCGAGACUACCAUAAAUACUCAAGUCCACUAACCAUUUUCCAUAUAAUGAAAAACCAUCGGAUGUGAAACUGAAAAACUCAAGCUGACACGGGAUAAGCUAAUCCAUUCUCAACGGAUAAAUAAAACAAAUAAAUAUGAGAAAUAUGUGAAGUGUUAAUAAUUUUUGCUAUUCAACAACAAUUUUCAGCUGCAGUUUCUCCCUGAAAAAAUUAAGCAAAAAAGAAAAGAAAAGAAAAACAGAUGAACAAAUAAUGAAAAAAUACAUUCGCAGCUGCAAGACGAUUGCAUUUCGCGAUCUUGGGUUAAAGUUAUUAUUGGAAAAGCAGUAAAAUCGUACAUGCAGUUGGAGCUUAUUAGAAGUUUAAAAUGUGAUAUAUUGAGAAAUUGCACAGCAUGUGAAUAUAAAAAUAGAGGAAAGCCAAGAAAAGUUUUUGUGAAUCUAAUUCCCCUUUGUACCUUUCGGAUUUAGUAAGCUGCGAGAGCAAUUACUUUGCACUCAACAACAGCGACUUCUGCGAGUUGUUGUUGUCGUGGAGGAAGCCUCACAGCUUUAGAAUGAAAUGGAGAUGCAAAGCUACUCUGGUCAUGGACCAACGACAGAUACAGCAACAGAAACAGCAACUGCAACAGCAGCAGACACAGCAGCAACAUUCACACAGCGACACUUCAAAUGUCGACUGGAAGAGGCGGCUUGGCCUGAGGUCUGGCAGCCGUUUAUUGGCUGCGAAAGCAGUAACACAAGCGACAGCAGCAGCAUCAACCACAUCCUGCCCACCAGCAACAUCCUCAUCAACGGCAGCAGCCCCAAUAACACAUUCCAGUGUGCCCGGCAAACAUUCGAUAAAGCGGAGCAGACGGCAUCCUACAGAUGUGACUGGGAGAGUGCAUUGUCUGAUAGCUGCACGUUGAGGCUGAAGGCGCGGCUCUUGCAAGUGCCGUACGAGGCGUAUGAGCAAUUCCGACUGGCAAUCACAGGGGCCCUCAGUGAUAAUACGAGUGAUACACUUAAUGAUAGUUCGAGCUGUGAGGAUGGAGAGGAUGUAUUGCAGUGCGAGCUAGGGCUAGCCCAGGAACGAUUUCUCUGCCAUUUGCAGCACCAUCAAAGGCAGCCAUUUCGGGAGCUGGAGAGCCUGGGGGAGCCCCUUUCGAACGACAGCCUCCUGGAGGGCUAUCAAAUAGAGCUGGGCAGCGAACAGAACGGCCUCUGGUCCUUCCUCAACCUAAGCGAGCUGAUAGACUCCGGCAACAACACCUUGGGCACCAACAGCACUCUGGACAUGGUUCUGUCCAACUACACCACCCUGACCACAACAGUUGCCACCACAGCAGCCACAUCGACCGAGUUGGGGGUUACGAAGAGCUUUCUGGACUACAGUCCUCAUGGCUACGACUGGCUGUUCCUGUUCGUGGUCUUCUUCAUCUUUGCGGGGGGUCUUGGCAACAUCCUUGUUUGCCUGGCCGUAGCUUUGGACCGAAAGCUGCAGAAUGUCACCAACUACUUCCUAUUUUCCCUGGCCAUAGCCGAUCUCCUGGUCAGCCUGUUCGUGAUGCCCAUGGGUGCCAUACCAGCUUUUCUAGGCUAUUGGCCACUUGGAUUUACUUGGUGCAACAUUUAUGUGACCUGCGAUGUUCUGGCCUGCUCAUCCAGCAUCCUGCAUAUGUGCUUCAUCAGUUUGGGACGCUAUAUGGGAAUAAGGAAUCCAUUGGGCUCGAGGCAUCGAUCGACAAAGCGUUUGGCUGGUAUCAAGAUAGCCAUAGUCUGGGUGAUGGCCAUGAUGGUGUCUAGCUCGAUAACAGUAUUGGGGCUGGUCAACGAGAAGAACAUCAUGCCCGAGCCCAACGUCUGUGUGAUCAACAAUCGCGCCUUCUUCGUGUUCGGAUCUCUGGUCGCUUUCUAUAUCCCUAUGCUGAUGAUGGUUACGACGUAUGCUCUGACCAUUCCUCUGCUCCGUAAGAAAGCUCGUUUUGCAGCCGAGCACCCGGAAAGCGAACUCUUCCGCAGGCUGGGUGGACGCUUCACCAUUCGACCGCAGCACAGUCAGCAGCAGUUGCAAAUGCACAGCAGCUUUUCCAGCGGCAAUAACAAAUUCCUGCCAAUGAGCGACAGCAAUCGCAACAUCAACAAUGCAGGAGGAGUCGAGGAAGGAGGAGCUGACAGAGGAAGGGGGUGUGGAGCCCCCGAGCGUCCUUUGAUGCAGCAGAGAACGACGAGCAGCAGGAGCAUGGGUACGGUCAGUUUCCGCAAUGUGGCCAACGGCAGUGGCGCAGCCGGAGGAAGUGGGUCCAGAGGGGCAGCCACUGGCCGCAGCAGCUUCCGGUUCUCUGGCGGCGGCAUCCUGCGGCACUCUUCGUCACCAGCCUCGAGCUGCCACUCCACCAGCAAGUCGCAUUCUAGCAGCUUCUGGCGCAAACACGGCGCCAGUCUCAACCUAAUGGACAGCCAUCCGAAUCGACGGGCCUCUGUGCGUGUCAGCAUCUCCCAGCCGCAAUUGGGUUACCCGGCAAAUGGAAGUGGCAAUGGGGGUGGAGGUGUUGGGGCAACAGAAGGCGGGGGCGGAGGCGGAGGCGGUGGCAAUGGCUCAUCAGCUGCGACAACGAGCUGCUCAACUCCUGGGGGCUCUGGCUUGAUGAAAAUCGCCACCAUCCAGAGACCGAUUCUCAGCCAGAAUCAGGAAGCUGGAGGCAAUCACCUGCUGGAGCAGGUGAGAUCCACGGCUUCGAAGCCUGAUAACCGACAGCGCCACAAAAUGCGGCCCUUUAAGUUUGCUUUAAACCGCGUUGCCACGCCCACUCUCAACUUACGCUUCCUGAACAAUCGCAGCAAGCGGAACAGUCUGUCGGCCAACGCGGUUGCCACCGAGCAGAAGGCCACCAAGGUGCUGGGGCUAGUGUUCUUCACCUUCGUCCUGUGCUGGUCGCCCUUCUUCAUUCUGAACAUCAUCUUUGCUGCAUGCCCCGAGUGCCAGGUGCCCGAGCACGUGGUGAACACCUGUCUCUGGCUGGGAUACGUAUCCUCGACGAUCAAUCCAAUCAUCUACACCAUAUUCAACCGAACCUUCCGGGCGGCCUUCAUCCGGUUGCUCAAAUGCAACUGUGAACGUUCCGGCCGCCCGCUGCGCUACCGUUCCGUGACAGAAGGACGCAGUGCCCUGAGCUUGUGCGCCCCCUCGGCCUUGCCGCUGGCCAUAUCCUUCCAGGGGGCGCCACUAAUGACGCCAUCCACGGCGAAUGCGACGCCUUUGAGCGAGUUCCGGGGCAGCUACACUAUCACCGACGACGAGUGCUGAGCCACCAUCUGCUAAUAGAAUACGAAUUUAUAACGACGAAGUGGCAAACAUCAAACGGAGUCAACAGUACUUACUAGCCGCUAAUCAAAGGAAAAUGCUAACUUCAGGGAGCUUCUAGCAUGAACCUUUCCAAGAACUAAUCACAAUCGAAAGAACGACUUUUGUAGAAACUAUGACGCGAAUACUAAACCUACUGUGCAUCACAUAUCAUUGUACUAUAUGCAAAUGGGAGACAACAAGAGAGAGAUUGAAAGAUAGAGUGAGAGAGUUAGCGAGUGUAUUGAUGGCUGCGUUUCACUUCCACGCCAACAUUCUAGCUUUAGUCAGCCCUCUACUCGAUUAGUGCUAGUAUAAUUGAAAUGAAAAGUAUUGAAACUAAGAGUAGUCAAUAGUCAAUAGAAUCCUACGUCCCCACUCCUAAUUCGAGUAGAAGGGAAUUGGAUUUCGUACCCACCCUCAAGCCCCACUUAGAUUGCCCAGACAGCUUUGCUGCUCCUUUAGUACGUACUCUGUGUAAGUGUCUUUCCGUAGCAAGUAAGCAACUGUUCAAAAACAUGAAUUUCAACACUUUCUAAAUAAAAUUGAACCGCUAAAAAAGGCA